ACGGGGCAACGUGGGAAGAAGUGCAGAGCGGAGAGAAGUGGAGGAAAGUGGAGACACGUGAAGCUCGGUGAACAUGGCGUCUGUGCAGGAGCCAGAGGUCCAGCUCGCUCAGAGACUCGCCUCCAACGAGAAGCCCGUCCGGACCAAGGCCAUGAAGAAACUGAGGAAAUACAUCAAUGUCAGGUCUCACAACGCUGCAGGAGGAUUCACAGGUGAUGAGCUGCUGAAGCUGUGGAAGGGUCUGUUCUACUGUCUGUGGAUGCAGGACAAACCUCUGCUCCAGGAGGAGCUGUCAAACCAGAUCUGCACCCUGAUCCACAGCUUCCAUGAUAUUGACGGACAGUUUUUAUACCUGGAGAAUUUUCUGCAGACCUUCAAAAGGGAAUGGGCUGGUAUUGACAGGCUGCGUAUGGACAAGUUUCUCCAGCUGAUUCGCUUCAUGUUCAGACAAACCUUUGAGAUCCUGAAAAAGAAAGACUGGGACAGCAGUGUGGUGGGCAGGUUCCUGGAGCUCCUGACAGUGCAGCUCCUGCAGAGCAGCAGCGAGGCACCCAGUGGACUGCAGUUCCACAUCCUGGACCUCUACAUGACUGAACUGGCCGCUGUGGGCUCAGCAGAGCUCACUGCUGAUCAGAACUUGAUAUUCAUCGAGCCCUUCUGCAAAACAGCAGCCAAAACCAAGGAUCGAUCUCUAUUCGGAGCAAUCUGCAACAGCAUCCUCAGCACUAUUAUUGACCAGGCCCCCUUCGCUAUUGAAGACUUGAUGAAGGAGGUGAAAGCGGCUGAGGACUCAGACUCAGGACAGGCCUCUGAAGAGGAUGACAAAGAAGACCAACCAAAAGAAAGCAAGAGCAAAGCAGGCGGCAAGAAGUGGAGGCAGAUAAACGGGAAUAAAUCAAGUGAAGAAGAGGGUCAAGACGAUGACGACGACGAUGAUGAUGAUGAUGAUGAUGAUAAUGAUAAUGAUGAUGAUGAGGAGGAGGAGGAGGAGCUUCUUCACUUGGAAGACUCGGACACAGAAAUGUCUCGUGACGAUGACAUUGGACCAGUCCUACAGUUUGACUAUACAGCCCUGGCAGACAAGCUGUUUGAGUUGGCCAGUCGGAGCAGCACACCGAGCCACAACAGACAGAGACUAUACAAAAUCGUCAAAUUACUGCGGGACCUGAAUGAAGGUGUCUUUCCUCAGGAUGAGUAUCCAGAGGAGGUCUCCACAGAUGAGGACGACGACAUGUUCGGUAGCAGGAAGAGGAUGAAGAGAGGAGGAGGUCACAUGGAGGAGGAGGAUGAUGAGGGGGUGCCAGCAGCCAAGAAAACAAAAAGGAAGAAAAAAAAGGCAUCCACGCUCAACAAGCAAAGCAAUGAUUCUGGAGUUCACGAAGAACAAGCUACCCUACCUGCAAAUAAUGAGAAGAAGAAGAAGAGGAGGAAAAGGAAGAAGAAAAAGAAUGCAGGUCAGGAUGAAGAUGCAGGUGGUGAGGGACAUAUAGAGAGGUGUGAAGAGGAACUGACUGUGGCUCAGAGUCAAACAGCAGAGACUGAAGGCAGCAUGGAGUGUUCACAAACAGAGGAUUUAAAACAUGAAGUACAGCCACAGAGCUCCUCUGUCAGAGUCACAGAGGCAGCUACGCCAGAGGGUCAGUCACAAACUCUGCUCCUCUCUGAAGGAAAGAAACAGCCCACAGUUACAGUCACAGAAGAAACCGGCCAAUCAUCUCCCCGCACCAGUGACGACAAGGACCAAUCACAAAUGUUUUCUAAGAAGACAGAGAGGGAGACUUCAGAAGUCAAAGCUGAGGUCACAGAGGCAGCCGAGGAGCAGCAGAGUGUUGCUACAGUCUCAGGGAAGAAGAAGAAAAAGAAGAAGUGCCUGAAGGCCGAGGAGGUGCAGGAUAAAGCACAGCUUAAUGGUGUGAGCACAGAAGCAGAUUUCCCAUUAGCACCUUGUGAGGAUUCAAAGGAUGGUGGCCCAACCUCUGGACUCGAAAAGCCGACUGAUUCUGAAACUCUGAGCAGUAAGAAGAGAAAGAAAAAGAAUCUCAAGGCUGAUGAAGCAGCAGAGGUCGAGGCUGAACACACCAAUGCUGAAAUCCCAUCAGUCAAUCAGGAAGCAUCACAAGAUGCCGCCGCAGUGGCACCCAAAAAGAAGACGAAGAAAAAGGGCAAGCAGGAGGACGCAGCAGGUGAGGCUGUGCCUGCUGCAGAGGAAACCACUGUAACCCCACAAAGGAAGAAGGGCAAAAAGAAUCAGAAAGAACCCAAGACUACAGUGGAGGAGGAAGGAAAGGCAGCAGAAACCUCAGAGUCCGCAGAUGCUGACAAACUUCUGUUUGAGAUCACCAUGACAACAUCAGCAAAGAAGAAGAAGAAGAAGAAGCUGGCAGCAGACAAAGAGCUGCAAAAGGAUCAAACCCAGCCACAGUUAGCUGGCAGUGUUGAUGAAGAGGGCUCAUCCUCUGGGAAACCGGCCAAGAAGAAGAAGAGGAAGAUCCCUGUGGAGUUUGAGUACGAAGUCGAUGAGCUGCGGGCGGCUGCUCAGCAGGAUGAAGCCACCACCAGCAUCACAGCAGAUGAACCUGCUGCUAAGAAGUCAAAAGCAGGCAGUAAUGUUGGAGAGCCUUCCACAUCUCUGAACAUUAAAACGUCCCAAAAGAAGGCAAAGACCUCCUCAGAGUUGGCAUCUAAGUUCAUCACCUUUCAGAGCAAAGCUCCAGUCCCAGCCCCCCUCUUCUGUAAAACCAAGGGGAGCCCCAAAAACCAGAAGGCUGAAACUCCAAGAGCAGAAUCCAAGAAGGUGACCUUUGGGCUCAAGAACAAUAAGACAGCUGAGUUUAGGAAGACUGAUCGCAGCCUUCUGGUGAGCCCUGACGGGUCAUCACGAGUGCCCUUUGACCCGAAGCAGAGACCCAAGUGUGGGGUCCUAAAGUCUCCGCCCACUCCACUGUCCAUCAAAAAGACCCCAAAAAAAGUCAACAAGAAGAGCAGCUCAAUGACUCCAAAGAGCGCGCUGAAACGACGACUCUAACGUCCCACACACAGACUGCAAACAUAUGCAGCAAAGCUCUCUGUCAGCUUUGACAUGGACUGAUUUAAAAAACACAUCAUGUGACACAAAGAUGUAUAUAAAAAGUAUUUUUGUUUAUCUAAUUCAGUGUUUAUCAGAUUGACUGUUUAAACUGAUGAGUGCUGCUUUCUGCCUCUUCGAGUGACUCACUGUUUUAAUAAAGUUACUGGUUCCAGUUUUUCAGAAUUUA